CUGCGUCCAAUCACUAAAAAUGAAUUCUUACGGAUGUUCAUGAUGACUAGGCCGUCGGCUGGCUGGUCCCAUUCCCCACUUGCUCAUUAUUCCCUCUAGUCGUAGCUAACUCAGGCGGUUCCGACUCGACAUGUCUUCUCUUCCUCCUCCACCGCCUCCUCACGGACGAGGACUCUGUCCUUCGCGCUCGCGUCCCUCUCCCUCCCUCCCUUCUUUCCGUCACAGUCGACCACGCCCUUCAACCCACCUCUGCUGCAAUGGCCGAACGCGCUGCAACAAAUGCUGCCCACCUUGGCGUACCGCACCGCACACUCCGCAUACCCUGGGGUGAAGCGCCAUAUCCGAGAAUGCCCUCACCUGGCCAGAGAAUUGAGAAUAUUGCUCGCGAGGCGCGUUAUCGACUCAUGUUCGACGAGAUGACAAACCAUGGUUCGACUGUACUCGCCAUGGCCCACCAUGGGGAUGACCAGGUGGAGACGGGCCUGAUGCGCCUUGCACGAGGGACAACGAAGCUUGGUGAGGGUGGUAUGCGCCCUGUUAGGAGAUGGGGGAUGGGUGGCGACACAAAAAAUGGGCGCCUUGCGUUCGUCGGGGCCGAAGGGAUGAGGAGGUGGAUGAGUAGACCACUUUUGGAAGUGCGCAAGGAUAGGAUCCUUGCAACGUGCGAAGCCAACGGGCUCGAAUAUAUUGAUGAUCCUACCAACUUCCAACCCUCGAUAUGCUUACGCAAUGCUAUCCGUCACCUUAUGCAUAACAACGGACAGAUGGGAGACGUAGAACUGCCGAAAGACAUUCAAGACCAGCUGGCCAAAGUCGAAGGUGUCAUCGACAUGUCUGGAGGAGUCGAGCAUAUCCGGAGUCGUAUUCGGGAAGCGUCAAUGACAGUUAGUGACGUGAACGAGCAAGUGAGCGCAGUCCUGGCAUCAGCAAUACUCCCAAGCCCGCCGGGCACACUACUACUCUCCUGUAACGGCCUUGGUGCAGUUCAAGACCCACUCGUUCGCCACUCCAUUGCCCUUCGCGUAUUGCGCUACGCGUCUUUUCAACCUUGGGGCUCUAUACGUUCUGACGCCAACCGACGCCAGGACAGUAUCAACCGCCUUGUCACUGCUCUCUGGGCGCCAUGGCCUAGUAACCUGUCUAAGGGUCGAGCAACAUCUAGUUCUUCGUUCCGAAAUUCACCCCCGCUUAGAUCUAAGUCAAUGCCUCCACCGAUGGAUACGUCAGCUCGAACAUUCCCUCAAAGUAAAACCUCUCAGGAAACGCAACUAGAUUCUAUACCCGACGCGUUUAGCGUGGGCAGCGGCGUGUUCUGGCGACGUGCAGUGCUACGACCCCACGGAUACCUUCUCCUUGGUGCCAUUGCUGCCCGCAGAGCGCUUGACUCAAAGGAUACUACCGCAUGGCUCGCUACUCGCCUGCCUGCAUACCGUGGACAUGAUGUGACUCUUAUCGCGGAGGAGCUGAACCACGCCCUGCAGGGCUCUUUGAAAGCUGAAGGGAAAGAAAACAUCGAGGUGCUUUGGGACUGUCGGUUUGCUGUGCGCUUCAAUCUGGCGCGCAUACCUUUGCAUGUUCGUAAGGCCGUGAAAGAUGGCGCAAGCGUGGCGAUUGCUCCGGGCGGCAAGUGUUAUUACCUACCCAGUGUUGUGCUGCUGCGCGACGGGUACGAAGGUGCUCGAGUUGAACAAUACGACUUACCAAUUCCAGAACGCUUGGCAACUUUGACAGAAAGUGGGAGGAUUGACCAUAAGAAAGGAGACAACGCCUGGGUAGAGUUUGAGUUUGUCAGGUUAUUGAGCGACACGUAGUGUCCACACAGUAAGUACUACAGGCCGUAGAAUACACAACACCAUAAUUCAAGUCCAUUCACAUCAAU